CAACCAGGUACCGAAAGAUGAGUCAAAUCGAGGAACUGAAAGUGUUCGUCUCCGAGCGGCUGCACGCUGCUGCCUCUGAAAUAUUAGGAGCUAUUGACAAAACAAUCACUGGUUACGAGGAGCAAACGUCCCGUCUGAAGGAGGACAACGAGCGCCACCGCUCCCUGCUGGACAUUAUCCUCAAAUCCAAGUUAGUGCAGACAGAAGCAUUUCCUGCCAACAGAAGCCCCCCUGAUGCUGCUGCUGCUGCUGGCCCACAUGCAUUAGAUGCAAGAUUAAAACGCAAGGCGAGAGAAGCUCCGUUCAACUCUCCCAGUGGCUUGCAGUGUGUCUUCACCUCAUGUGAAGACUUUCUAAAGUAUGCAGCCAAUGAGAACUGCCCCUACUGCCUCAAGAGAAUACAAGGCACUGAGACACAUCUGAUGAGACGGCAUUAUUUGUUUGCUGUCCAUUUUCAGGAUGGCACUGAAAAGUUUGUUGUCCCGUGCAUGUGCAAAGACAAGAUCCAGGGCAGAAGUCACUGGCACUGCCCAUACUGCAAAAAGAUCAUUUAUCGGAAGUGUAACUUUGAAGUCCACCUAUCGAAGCAGCAUGGUUAUGCACUACUGCAGCAAAGCCAAGAUGCAGAGACCAACCAACCCUCUGUGUCUGAGGAAGAGGUGCCCCUGAGUCCUGAACCCUGGUGUCAUCAGGGCCUCUGCAGUCUGGACCAGGAGGAACAACAGGCCUCACUGCUGCUUCGGCUUAAAGAGGAAUCAGAGCAAGUGAGCUAUCGAGAGGAACAGUGCUCUGAACAACUGCACACCAAAGGUCAGGGGAUAGAAAAUAGAAACGACCAAAUGGGAGACCAAAGUCGAGAGCUGAAUCACGCCCAAAACUCUGCGUUCAACAUCGUCUAUGUGGACAGUUACAUCCAAGAUGUUGGUGAAAUCAGCAGCGUCAGAAGCAGCAGGGGACACCGUCUUCCUCGUUCUUCAGCUCGGGCUGUGGAAACCCCGCCUGAUGGUGAGGUUGGUAAAACAGUGGAGCCAGCAGGGAGCUCUCAGCACACCAGUACUAUCGCUGAGAAUGGAAGCUACACCAAGACUCUGGAGCAGAGGAAGCCCCAGACACAUUGUUCAAAUGUAAAGGCGCUCAACUCCAAGAGGAAAAAGCGCGUGAGCAGAUCUUCACCCCGUGUGAACAUAAAAAAGUCAACAGCGUUACCUGCCAGUCAGAACCCCACAGGUUCUUUCUGCUGUAAGGCUUGUGGGAAGAUUUUCCACUACAUGUACACACUGAGGACACACGUGCAAACACACGCAAAGGAUAAAACCUGCAUUUGUGGGAUUUGUGGGAAACAUUUAGAGACUACAGAAAGCUUAGUUCAACACCUACAAAGCCACGCCAAGAGAAGAAAGUGCGGGACAUGCGGUAAACAGUUUUCUACUUUAUCCCGCCUGAAACGGCACCGGAGCUUCCACAGACCUAAAGGCCUAACUGUCAUGUCAUCAGCCUAAAUACUACAGCACGGGGAAAUAAUACACAUGUCCAGAAAUACACCAAAACCUCACUGACCGGCUACAGUGAAGUGUAUUGUUUUACAGACGCCCAGUAUUGUACUAAAGUGAGAAAGCAGAGUGUUGGUCAGUAUGUUUAUUUAUUGUUAUUAUUAUAUAAAUUUUUUGGUAUUGUGACUCUUACAAUUUUGGAGACUUAAUGUCCAAUAAAAAAACUUAAAAAAAA